ACUUCGUACAUUAGCUCUAUAUUGAUGGACGUCGAAGUGAAAAUGCUUUAGAAGUUGCAAUUCGCUGAGUGUUUGGAAUUGAUAAUUUCAUUAUUAAUAAUUUCGAUGUUAUUAAAUCUAGCAAUAUAUAAUAGUAUUGCGCCUGAAAUUUCAUGUAGCAUGUAUAAAUUUUAUUAAAGUAGUAACAGCUGCAUUGACGCCAAAUAUGCUUGACGUCACUAGAAAGGACAUUUCCAAUUGGUAGAACACGAAUGACGUCAUCGAGUGUUCCCGAGUGAGAGGUAAUGUAGUGAAGAUUGUGCUGUGCCGUUCUCUUCCUCUUUCGCCCGUCGAUCAGCGAACAACGUGCAACCAUGGCGCUUACAGAUCCGAUGUCGUUUAUGAAAGAUUUUCUUGCCGGUGGUAUUGCUGCCGCAGUGUCAAAAACUACUGUUGCGCCAAUUGAGCGUGUGAAACUUCUGUUACAAGUACAGCAUGCAUCUAAGCAAAUUGCCAAGGAGCAACAGUAUAAAGGAAUGGUAGAUUGCUUCGUCCGUAUUCCCAGAGAGCAAGGUUUCCUGAGUUUCUGGAGAGGCAAUCUGGCGAAUGUGAUAAGGUAUUUCCCUACUCAAGCGUUGAACUUCGCUUUCAAGGACAAGUACAAGCAAAUUUUCUUGGGAGGUGUAGACAAGAAAACCCAGUUUUGGCGUUAUUUCGUUGGAAAUUUAGCUUCUGGAGGUGCCGCUGGAGCUACUUCACUUUGUUUUGUGUAUCCACUAGACUUCGCUCGAACAAGAUUAGCAGCUGAUGUAGGAAAAGCUGGGGCUGAGAGAGAGUUCACUGGAUUGGGCAACUGCAUUGCCAAGACUUUCAAGUCUGAUGGCCUUAUGGGUCUUUACAGAGGAUUUGGUGUAUCUGUGCAGGGUAUUAUUAUCUACCGUGCUGCUUAUUUUGGUUGUUUUGACACAGCCAAGGGAAUGUUGCCUGACCCCAAGAAUACACCUUUCAUUAUUUCAUUUGCCAUUGCGCAGGCUGUGACAACUAUGUCUGGAAUUGUAUCUUAUCCCUUUGAUACUGUGAGACGGCGCAUGAUGAUGCAGUCUGGUCGUGCUAAGGCUGAUAUCAUGUACAAGAACACAUUAGAUUGCUGGGCGAAGAUAGCUAAGCAAGAGGGUGGUGGUGCAUUUUUCAAGGGUGCCUUUUCGAAUGUCCUCAGAGGCACUGGUGGUGCUCUAGUGUUGGUGCUGUAUGAUGAGCUUAAAGCCCUGAUAGGCUAGGAGUACAAUAAAUUUUGUAGUAUUUGUUUCAAACAUUCCAUCAGUGAUCAAUUCUGUUCAGGGUGAACAGUAACAGCUUUGUAUGAAUGAUAGAAAGGAAAACUAGUUAAGCACAGAGCUAGUUCCUCAGCUGUAAAGCUACAGUGCUCAUUCCGUCAUUUCCAUUCCUGGCAGGUCAUUUUUGUGAAACCUGGCCUUUGUAAUCGGUUGAAGAGUGGCAAAGUUUAAUUUUAAUGUAAUGUAUUGUGAAAAAAUUAAAUUUCAGAAAGCUGUUCAAA